AAAAACAAGGGAAAAAAAAAACAAUCUAAUCACCAAGAUGGCCUCGCCCUCGCUGCCUGGGCUGCGCCACCGUCUUCCUCCACUCCUCCUUCUUUGUCGUCGCCUCACCAACGCUCCGACGACGGCCUUUGAAGAGUCCCUCACCGCCCGCUCUGCUCUCGCCCUCCUCCGCUCCGAGAAAGACCCUACUCGCAUCCUGUCCAUCUGCCGUGCUGCCGCUCUAUCGCCUACUUCCUACCCCGAUCGCGCCGCCCUCUCUCUCGCCGUGUCGGCCCUAUCGGCUUCCGGAUCCCAAUCUUCUGUACGCUCUCUCCUCGAUGGUCUUCUCUUGUCACCCUCGGCCGCCGCUGUCCGCCCCCAUGUCAUCGUCCUCUUUGGCCAGGCUGGCAUGCUAUCCGACGCCCUUCGCGUCUUCGAAGCUUCACAUACUCCUUCAGUUCGUACCUUCAACUCCCUUCUUUUCGCCUGUAUCCUCUCUAAGAAGCACUCCGAAGUCCCCAGAAUCUUCUACGAUUUCACCAUUUCCUACCAAAUAAAACCUGAUCUCACUACCUACAACACUGUCAUCAAAGCGUUCUGCCAAUCUGGAUCCUCAAGGUGCUUCUUUUCCGUUUUGGCUGAGAUGAAGCGGUUUAGAGUCAAGCCAAAUGCCACCACUUUCGGCACUGCCUUGGCCGGAUUUUACCGUGAGCAGUUGUUUGAUGAUGUAAGGAAGAUUUUGUUAUUGAUGAAGAAGCACAAAUGCCGUGCCAAUCUUUCAAUUUACAAUGUUAGGAUACAGAGCUUGUGCAAGCUGAAAAGAAGUAAUGAGGCGAAGGAGUUACUGAGGGAAAUGCGAAAAAAGUGCAUGGAGCCCGACUGGGUCACCUAUGAUCACCUGAUCUUGGGAUGUUGCGGCGAGGGGAAUUUGAAGGAGGCAAUGAUGUAUUUCAACGAGAUGAAAAAGAGAGGAUUGGUUCCUAAGAGUACCUGUUACUUCACUUUAAUUUACUAUUUGUGCAAAGGUAAGGACUUUGAGGUGGCUCUUGAAGUGUGCAAAGAGAGCAUAGGGAAGAAUUGGGUGCCACAUUUUUCCAUUAUGGUGGAGCUUGUUAAUGGUCUUAUUAUUGUUUCAAAGCUCGAGGAAGCUAGGGAGAUGCUAGAAAAGUUGAAGGAGAAGUUCCCUAGCAAUUGUGAGAUGUGGAAGGACGUUGAAGAAAAGUUGGCUUUAGUUACACAUUGAGGAGUUGGCAAGGAUUAUCAUUCUGUAUACAUGUGGCUGCUGGCUACAAGAAGAAUUGAGCCUUUUUCAGAUAAAAACUCGGCGAUCAUAGAGAAAUGCAACUUUCUUAGUUUUGCACUACCUGGGCAGAUCUUCCUCACUACUAUCAGGUUGCACCUCAUUCCAGCAAUUGGAUGCAGCAGCAAAAAACCAACCUCCGGCGAUCUAUCGAACCCAACUUUGGUGGUGGAGGCUUGCUAGAUGCAAAUUCUUUAGGGGAAGAAUCUGUUUGUUGAAGACAAAGUCUUUGUAGGGUUUAGAAACUGUGCUGUAUCUUUCUUCAACAGAUACAGAGUCGUUUAAACGCCUCUGGCUUCUUAAGUUCAUUUAUUUAUUUUUUAAAAAACUAUGUAACUUCUUUCAGAUUUAUAGAUAUGUUUAUUAGCAGUGUUCAUUUUA